AUGGAGUUGGGGAAACAUAUCCAGCAUUUGAGAAAAAUUCUUUAUGGGGACAGUCAAUCCGAACCCCUUUCCGAUGCUUGUGCACAGCUAGCACAAGAGUUUUUUCGGGAUAAUACCCUCCGUUUGCUUAUUGUAUGUCUUCCCAAGUUGAACUUAGAGGCCCGCAAGAAUUCUACCCAGAUUGUAGCGAAUCUGCAGAGGCAACAAGUUCAAUGCAGGCUGAUUGCUUGUGAUUACUUGGAAAAGAACUUAGACCUCCUGGAUGUUCUCGUAGCAGGGUAUCUUCUGCAGCCAGAGCAUAUGAAGAAAUUUUUUGACUAUAUACAGGUCCCAUAUUUUGACAUUGCCUCUGAUGCUGCUGCUACUUUUAAGGAACUAUUAACUAGGCACAAAUCAACUGUUGCUGAUUUUCUCUCUAAUAAUUACGACUGGUUCUUUGCAGAGUAUAACUCAAAGCUGCUUGAAUCAAACAAUUAUAUCACUAGAAGGUAUUCUGUCAAGCUGUUGGGUGACAUCUUGCUCGAUCGUUCAAAUUCAGCUGUGAUGACUCGAUAUGUUAACUCUAGGGACAACCUCAGGAUCCUAAUGAAUCUUCUCAGAGAAUCGAGCAAGAGCAUUCAGGUCGAAGCUUUCCACGUUUUCAAGUUAUUUGCAGCCAAUCAGAACAAAGCCCCAGAGGUCAUCAAUAUCCUUGUCGCCAAUAGAAGCAAACUUCUUCGCCUCUUUGCUGAUUUUAAGACGGAUAGAGAGGAUGAACAGUUCGAGGCUGAUAAAUCACAAGUCAUCAAAGAAAUUGCUGAGCUUGAGGCAUGA